UAAAAUUCGAAAAGAUCCCGAGUAUAAGUAAGAGUUGAUGCUCCCCGAGAGUUUCUGCAUUCCAAAAGAUCCUUUUUCAUUAUUCUGCUUUAGUCGUAAUGGACUCUUUAAAAACAAGAUCAAUGUCAAACUUCAACUCUAGCUUUUCGCUCUAUCCUUCCCCUUCUCUAGGUUUGCCUGUACGACUUCCCAACCUAAAUUUUUUCUAUGAAAAAAAAAUAAAAAUAAAGACCGUAUCUGCUACCCAAGCUGAUAAUAAGCUCGAAAUUGCUCGUCCUACUGCAAAUUUUCACCCAAGCAUUUGGGGAGAUCGGUUCACAGUCUACGACAAUUCACAAGACAUUACAAACAAUGGCCAAAUGCAACGGGAACUUGGGGAACUGAAAGUAGUAGUGAGUAAUGAAAUAUUAACAACUGGAGCCGGUGACUUUUCACAACAACUCAAGUUAAUUGAUGCAAUCCAACGUCUUGGCGUGGCAUAUCAUUUUGAAAAAGAGAUUAAAGAAGCUUUGGAACGCAUACAUAUUGCUGCAUAUAAGGACAAUGGCGUUAAUAAUGGUGGUGAUCUAUCCAAUGUUGCUCUUCGUUUUCGGCUACUAAGGCAACAUGGAUUUAAUGUUUCAUGUGUAGAUAUAUUCCAAAAGUUCAAAGGUGAAGAUGGUAGCUUCAAGGAAAGCUUAAUUGCCGAUGUGCCGGGUUUGCUAAGCCUUUAUGAAGCAACACAUCUAGGGGUGCAUGGAGAAGACAUACUAAAAGAGGCUCUUGUUUUCACCACCACUCACCUCGAGUCCACUGCAACCAGUUUAAGCUGUUCAAUGGCAGCUCAAAUAACUCAAGCCUUGGAGAGACCUUUGCUAAAGAGUCUAGUGAGGUUAGGUGUCAGGAAUUACAUGUCAAUCUAUCAAGAAGAAGCUUCACACAGUGAAGCUUUAUUACAACUUGCAAAGUUGGAUUUCAAUCUUGUUCAAUCUUUGCACAAAAAGGAGCUCAGGGAAAUUACUAGAUGGUGGAAAGAACUCGAGUUUGAAAGAAAGCUGCCGUUUGCAAGAGACAGGAUAGUUGAAUUGUACUUUUGGACAACGGGAGUAUUUUUUGAACCCCAUUACUCUACAGCCAGAAAAAUUAUGGCCAAAGUCAUUGCUUUGGGGACAGUAAUGGACGAUAUCUACGACGCAUUUGGUACAUUCGAAGAACUUGACAUCUUUACAGAAGCAAUUAGAAGGUGGGAUGUUAAUUUCAUUGAUGAACUUCCGGACUAUAUGCAAACAUUUUAUCUUGCACUUGUGAAUCUUUUCAACGAAAUUGAGGAAGAUAUGGUAACAGAAGGAAAGUCAUACCGGGUUCGCUAUGCAAAAGAAGCUUGGAAAGUUGUUGCCCAUGCUUACUUUGAUGAGGCCAGAUGGUUACGGGAACAAUGCAUCCCAAGCAUGGAGGAGUAUAUGCAUGUUGCAACGGCUUCUGUUGGUAACAGCCUCCUUUCAACUGUAUGUUUAGUUGGCAUGGGAGAUAUUGUAACAAAUGACGUGUUCCAGUGGUUGUCCAAUAACCCUAAAAUUCUCAGAGCUUCCAAUAUCAUUUUUAGGCUCAUGGAUGACAUUGCUGGCCACAAGUUUGAGAAAGAGAGACGGCAUGUAACUUCUAGUAUUGAUUGUUACAUGAAGCAAUAUGACGUGUCGGAGCAAGAGACACUUGCUGCGUUUAACAAACAAAUAGUGGAUAUGUGGGAGGAUAUAAACGAGGAGUUACUUAGACCAACUGCAGUGCCAGAGUUUGUCCUCGUGCGUGUUCUUAAUUUGACAAGGGUUGUGGAUCUGCUUUACAAAAGAGGAGACGGCUUCACACAUGUUGGGAAACUUACGAAAGAUAUCGUUGCUUCGCUUUUUAUUGACCCAGUGCCACUUUGAGUUGGUUUCUUUCUGUUAGUCAAGUAGUACUAGUUCCCACUUUGACGGAAGAUGAUGCCGGAUAAUGCAGGGUCUAUAAUCCAUUCAAGUUCCAAAUAAAAACGAACACAUCAAAUAAUAUCAUAAGUUUUGUGUGAGUGAGGUGUGAGUUCGUAAUUAUUAGGUAGUAGUACAGUCUUACAUAAUGUAUGGGAUUAGUGCUACAGAUCGGGGGUCCUGCAUAUCUUGCUUUUCUGAUUCUGUACUCAUAUGUUUAUAUCAGUUGGCAAGGAGUAAAAUAAAAAAUGAAAAAGCAGCAAAUAUUUAUACAUUA